CUUCAGCUUCACUGAACGUCACUGCCCGAUUUUCAGAGCCAUGGCUCUCAGCUUCGUGUUGGCCCCCACUUUGCGGCCGCAAACCGCGACUGGCAGCGCCGGUGCAGCAAGGCAGGCGCCCCGGCAAGGCAGGCCAGAGACUGCGGAGGCUCGGGGCGGCAGAAUCCUGAUGCAGGUUGCCUGCGCGGGCGCGGGCAUGGCAAAGGCGGGGCGCGUUUUGCGCCGCCGGGGAGCGGUUCUGUCGUUGCUGCCGGCGGCUGCUUGGGCCGAGGAGGGCCUCACAAAGAUCGGCAACGACCAGUUCAGCAUCGAGUUGCCGGCCGGCUUCUCUUGGAACGAGAAGUUCAUCUUGGCCAAGACGCACCUCUACGAGCGCAGCGUCACGGCUUCGGAUCCUUACGGCAAGUGGAAGGUGGGACUUACCAUUGAUGAGGUCUUUGCCAACAGCCUGUCCGAGGUGGGGUCGGCCAACGUGGUCGCCGACCGGAUCGCCGCGAUCGAGCGGCAGAAGGAUGGGAACUUUGAGACGGAUGUGCUGAACGCGAAGGAAGCGCCAGCCGGGGACAUCCCCACGUAUCUCAUCGAGUACCGCUGCGAUACCUCAAGAGGCUUCAACCACUUCCUGGUGAGAGUGGCGCUGCAGAAAGGCCGCCUCUACACGGUGACCUCCCAGGCGCCCGAGGAGCAGUGGAAGAAGCUGGAGGAGCCGACGCGCGGCUCCUUUGAGUCCUUCAGGCUUGCGGUAUGAGAGAGCAGCCCUGCUUCCGCUGAGUCCUAUUCCGAUGUCUAGGGCACACCGAGGUUUGGUGAGCGCUUAAGUUUUGCUUGGCGUUACCCCUCAUUUCGAGAGACGCAUUUUUUGAGCAAG